CAAACGCUGGGCUUUCUCUAGAAACUUCCUGGCCUUGUCUGGUUGGUUGUUGCUGACUGCAUUUAGACCUAUUUUAAUGCAACGCUCUGCUUCGUCCUUGUUUGAGUCCAUUGCUACACGGCGGAAGUAUUUACUUGCCCCUGCUCCGGACGCUUGGUGAUGACGCCACUCAAAGCCCCAUAAGGAAAGUAUGACGCCUCAACAGUGCGACCCUUGCCUAUUUUCGCUUGUCUGCUUGUCAUCUGUCUAAAAGACCGUUUGAAUACGUUUUAUGUAUGUUUGUGUGGCGGUAAUGCACAUGCAUUAUAGUUUGUCGAUAUCGUAUGAACUCAAAAAAGAAGAUUUUCGUUUAACUAAGCUGGCAUGUCCCAAUUUUUGUGAAGCAAGCUAACUUUUUUUUUUUUUUUUUUAGCCAAAAUGGCUUACUGUAGGUUAUUUAUGUUUAUCAGGCCGAUUGUUGUGUGGCCGAGGUUGUCUUUUUCAUCUAACGGCACUACCCCUGCUGUUCAGGUAACAACACCAAUGAAAAAACAUAAUAGGAAAAGACACAAGAAGCCCCCCUUAGAUGAUAAUGUUUCCUGGGAGGAAAGGCUUGCAUCUGUGGUCACCCCUCUCUGGAAGCUAAGUUACGACGAGCAGCUUGAACUCAAGCAAAAACACCAGGAGAAGAUACUGGCAGAGCUGUCUGGUUAUCUUCAUUCCCAGUCUCCUCCCGGAGAGAUGACCUUCCCCGUCCUGCCUAUCCUGCCAUCCCCAGUUAGGGACGGCUACCGAAACAAGUCCACCUUCUCCGUCAACAAGGGGGUGGAUGGAAAUCCAAAGACGGUUGGGUUUUACGUGGGAAGAGGCAGGGAUGGAAAUAUUGUCUGUGUCAAUGGAGACCACCUACUCAACAUGCCAGAAAAGCACAAACAGGUGGCCAGAUACUACCAGGAGUUCAUCCGACGGUCUCCCUUGGAGCCCUGCCUCCUCUUCCACACGGGGGGUCACUGGAGGGAGGUCACGGUGAGGACCAACGCGGCGGGCCACACGAUGGCUGUCGUGUAUUUCCACCCACAGGAGCUCACAGCAGAGGAAGUUGCGGCCCACAAAGCCGAGUUGGUGGAGUUCUUCACAAGAGGUGAGGGAUCGGUUUGUCAGCUGGACUCGCUUUUCUUCCAAGAGAGUGCCAAGACCCGCUGCACGCAUGAGGACUCACCUUACCAGCUCCUGUAUGGUCGGACGCACAUUCAUGAGGAGGUGCUGGGCUUUCGCUUCCGCAUCUCCCCUGAUGCCUUCUUCCAGGUGAACCAGGCCGCUGCUCACGUGCUGUACAGCACAGUAAGAGACCUAUGUGUCCCCCGUUUUGAGGACAAAGGAGGGACUCUCCUCGACGUGUGCUGCGGGACAGGUGCCAUGGGCAUCACUGCGUCCCCCAAAGUGGACCGGCUGGUCGGCGUGGAGCUCAUAGAGCAGGCCGUGGAAGACGCCAGACACAACGCGGUCCUCAAUGAGCUCCGCAACUGUGAGUUCAUCCCUGGAAAGGCAGAGCUCGUCCUCCCCGGCCUCGUGUCCCAGUUGAGCUCUGGGGACGGGGGGCGUCUCACGGCAGUGGUGAACCCCGCCCGCGCCAGCUUGCAUCACCACGUCAUCAGGGCCUUACGAAACCACUCCGCUAUCCGUCGUCUGGUCUACGUGUCCUGUAAACCAGACGGCGAGGCAAUGAGGAACUUCAGGGAGCUUUGUUGUGCGCCCGACCCAAAGAGGAAACUCACAGGGGAGGCUUUUUGUCCAAGUGUGGCGGUGCCUGUGGACAUGUUUCCACACACGUGGCACUGUGAGCUGGUGAUUCUUUUUGAGAGGUAGCCAAUAGCGUUUUUGGCACAUGCUUUAAUGGACCAUGCCUGGCACACUGGGUUGGGGCUAGGGCAGGGGUGUCCAAAGUGCAGCCUGCGGCAAAUUCUAAAAAUAUCAUUUAACAAGAAAAAAACCCAGCAAAAAUGGAAGUCAGCAGUAAUCUUACAAGAAUGAAGUCAAAAUAUUAAGAGAAAAACGUUGUACUCUAGCAAGAAAAAGUCAUAAUUUUACUAGGAUGAUGUUGUAAUAUUAUGUGGAAAAAUAUCGUUCUCGUAGCAUAACAUUGAAGAAAGACGUUAUAAUAUUAUAUGAAACAAAACAAUGAAUAAAAUUGUAAUUCUUAGAAAAUUAGGUUGCAGAUAAAGUUUUAUUGUAUACAAGAAUGAAGUCAAAAUAUUAUGGGAAUAAAGUCUUAAUUACAGGAAGAAUAUUUACAAGAAUAAAGAUGGAAUUGUUGGAAAAUGUAAAAAAAAAAAAAAAAACAGCACAAAUGAGGAAAAAACGUAAUUUUACGAGAAUAAAGUCAAAAUAUUAUGAGAAAAAAAGUUUUAUUCUAACAAGAAAAAGAUGACAAUUUUACGAGAUAUGGACGAAAAACACGUUAUUUGUUUUAAGUCCUCUCAUAUUUUGAGAAACAAACAAAAUAGUGAUUUUUGGAAAAUUAGGUUAGGGGAAAAAGUCGAAUAUUAUGGGAUUAAUGUCAUAUUAUUACGAAAAGAAAAUUAUUUAAGAAGAAAGUUGAAAUAUUUGGAAAUUUAAGAAAAAAACCCAGCAAAAAUGUGGAAAAAAGAGCAAAGAGUGAAGUUCAUACUAAAAAUAAGUUAUUUUAUUUUUUGAAACGUACGCUAUCGUUCACAGGUGCGGAUUUAGUUUUGAGGCACCCACGAUUUUUUUUGCCUGAUUCUGAUGUACAGUAUGUCCAUAGGGACAUGCAUCUGAAAUAUGGCCGCGUGGUGGACGCAUAUGCCAGAAUGCAACCGAGAUGCAUGCUAUUCCUGAAGCCACUGUCAGGCUGAUCAUUGACAUUGGACAUUGAACGUGUGCUGUACAUGGCUAUUCAGGUGGAGGUGCAAAAUAAAGGUUCUGGCAUCAUGACUAUAAGGAAAACUGUUGUCUAUUCUCAAUGAAAAUGAACCAGAAAAGUGAUCCCCAGUGACAUAAAAUUAUACUCAAAUCCUCGGAAUUUACAGCUGCUUCAAAUUGGAAAAUAUCUCAGGAAAUUGAGCUAAAAUGGGUUUCUCAUAGUACCGCUCAUUUUAUAAAUAGAAUGUUUUGGCUUAAACGAUAUAUUCCAAGGAUAAAAAUAACAACAAACUCUUGAAAUUAAGGACAUAAAAUUGGCCUCAGAUAUCACCAGAUUGCAGGAAAUGAGGUCUAAUUUAAAAAAAAAAUUCUGGGGGAUGGCCCACAGACUCCCCGCUCCUUUUCCAGCACCUCGGCCUACGGCCUCGGCCACACCCCCCCCUUUUCAAAAAAGCUAGAGCCGCCCCUGCUUCAAA